AUGAACAUAAAUUGCUUAUCUCAACUUAAACAACUUGAAAAUCAAAACAAUAUAACUUAACUUAAGAAAUUAGGAGUUCAAAGCUGCAGUCUCUUUGCUGAUUUUUUAGCUAAUUUUAAAAGUUUAAAGGAGCUAGUUUUAGACUUUAAGUCAAAUAAUUUGGAUGAAGAAGGAGUGGAAAUAUUAGGAUAAGCAAUAUCACAAUGUAAAAAUAUAACAAGUUUGAAUAUCGAUUUGCACUAAUUUAUCAUAAAACUUUAUUUCUAGUAUUGGAUCACAUUUAAAGAAUUGCUUGGACAUAAAAACAAUAAAUCUCAAUUUAUCGUACGAGAUAUGGAAUCAUCUAACUUAGGAUUAGAAAUAUCUAGCAUCAAAUAAUUGACAAAUUUAAUUCUCAACUUAUCAGGAAAUAAAAUAGGACACUAAGGCAUUUCUUAAAUGACCACAGAAUUAUCAAAAUGUUCAUUACUUAAUACUCUUUACUUGCAAUUGCUAUCAAACAAAAUUGGUGAUUAAGGAGUGAUUAAAUUGGCUAAGAAUUUAGCAAAAUUUCCGUGUCUUUCUUCAAUUUAUUUAGAUUUGAGAUGGAAUAAUAUAACUGAUUAAGGAUCGGUUGCUCUUGGAUAAGAUUUAGCUAAUUGCAAGAAUCUUUAGAUUAUAAAUUUAGAGUUAAGAUGGAAUGACAUCGGAGAUAAAGGUUUUUCCAUGCUUGGAUAGGGUUGUGUCAAAUGUUAAUUUUUAAUCAAUUUAAGUCUUGACUUAUCUUCCAAUAAAAUUGGUUAUUUAAGUAACUCAAGCAUAACAUUCGAUUUAGCUGAAUGCUAAAAUCUAAAGCAAUUAAACCUUAAUUUAUCAGUAAACAAAAUUGGAGAUUAAGCGAUAUCAGUCUUAUGUAAAGGCAUUGCUUAAUGCAUUGGUCUGCAAAAACUAAUCCUUGAUCUAUCGACAAAUAAUAUUGAAAAUUUGGGGGCUCAAUAUUUAGGAUAGGAGCUUCUUAAUUGUCAGAGCCUCAACUUUUUAACAAUUUAUUUGCAGUGGAACAACAUUAUUGAUGCAGGGGCAUAUGUUUUAAUUGAAAAAAUAUUGCAAAACCAGAAGAUUAAACAUUUAGCUUUGGAUUUGAAAGGACUAAAAGUAAUUAAAAUAUUACAUCUCAAGUCAGGUCAAGACUGA